AUGAUGAUGGUACAAUGCCAUCCAGUUGAUGGCCAUUAUGGAACAUGCAUAUAUGCCAGCUUUGGGUAUCAGGUGACCAGUUUCUUUGCUGCUUCAAGCCGGUAUGGAACACCAGAAGAACUCAAAGAAUUGGUUUAUACAGCUCACUCCAUGGGGUUAUACGUUCUUUUGGAUGUUGUGCAUUCUCAUGCAUCCAAAAAUGUCUUGGAUGGUCUUAAUGAGUUUGAUGGAACGGACUCCUGCUAUUUCCAUGGAGGGGGCAGAGGAAUACAUGAUCUUUGGGAUUCAAGAUUAUUCAACUAUUCACACUGGGAAGUGCUUCGGUUCCUUCUCUCUAACCUUCGCUGGUACCUUGAGGUAUACAAUUUUGAUGGAUUUAGGUUGAUGGUGGAUCCAGUUGUAUCCUCACUGGAAUAG